AUGUGCGGGCCAAGCCAUGCAGCUACCAUGGCGGACCCUGCAUGGCCGCCGAAAUCUCCCCGCGAUGCCCUCCUCAGCUCGCCGGGAGGACGAAGGAAAUACGAAGACAUGCAACAGCGCCGACAGCUGCUUUCCUCCCCAUUGAAACGCUCCAACACAACACCCAACUUCCGAUCGAAAGCCGAUCAAAUUCUGGACGAGGGCUUAGAUGAAGACGACAGCGAAGAAGACGAAGAGACGCUGCAGCUGAAGCUCGCGGAGAUACAGGCUCGCCUCAAGUUGAAGCAGCUACAAAAGAGUCGAGGUAGAUCCGGGACUGCAAGCUCACACACAGAAGAUGGGGAGGAGAGGCGCGUGCGUCCUUCUUCUGGUAUCAUACGGUCCCAGAGUCACACCUUGAUCCCUAAAAGCCCCCAAGCAGUGUCACGCAAGGCACCAACGGAUAGUGUUCAAGUACCAUUAUCGCCAACGCGACGAGAAGAUCCCGCUCCGGCACCAUGGUCCCCACAGAGAUACAAGAUGGGCAUUGACAAGGGUUGGACAGCUGCCGAUGUCUCUCUCAAACGGCCCCCGCGACCAACGAGUCAACUCGGAACUCGAAGCAAUGCCAUGUUGCGAUCAAGUGAUGUGUUCUCAGGAAGACCCCAGACCUCACCGAGCAGUGGAGGUUUGAAUCGGAUCAAAAGUUUCAGCGAGCGAAUGGCUGAAGGCCGAGCGGCUGAGAAGCUCCGUAUGGAGAAGGCUGAGAAGGCGGAGAGAGUCAAGGCAGGCCGAAGCUCAGGCUUCCAAGUGGAUAGUUCCGAAAUUGAGGCGUUCAAGACGGCGGCUGCAAAAGAACAGCCUUCGACCCCGUCUUCUCUGAGUCGAGCGCCGCAAGCGCCAAGUUUCAGUCGUGAGGAUAUCCUCAGAUCUAUGGGAACAUCUCAUUCUGGCAUGAUAAAGCGCAGCCAAACAACACCCAACGUCAAAAACAGUAAAGGCCUUACCAAAGCCUCAUCAGAUAAGACGUCUGACGGAACUGAACAAAGAGGAAGCACACCAGACCCGUCCAAAUUCGAGUCUUAUUCUGGGCUCCAUCUGUCGAAUCGCAUCCUUCCACACUCAUUCUUGAGCCGCAGUCUGGCCGAUAAGACAACUCUCAAGAUCCCUGAUCUACUCAAGACAGUCAAAGCCCCUGCUUUUGAACUCCCAGAAGAAAUAGAUGGGGACUUUGUGGUAUUUGGAAUUGUCGCGUCGAAGUCUGAUACCAAGCAGACCAAGGAUUCAGGAAAGACUACCACCAAGACAGCCGACCCUUAUGAUGAUGGGAUGAAUAAUACCAACAGCUACAUGGUCAUGACAUUGACCGAUCUUGAGUGGACCAUUGACUUGUUCCUUUUCGAUACAGCAUUUCCUCGAUACUACAAAAUAUCAGAGGGCACUCUCGUCGCGAUCUUGAACCCAACUAUCAUGCCUCCCCCCAGGCAUAAGCUUGAUACCAAUCGGUUCAGUUUGGCUUUGUCCUCGUCGGAUGACAAGGUUCUCGAGAUAGGAAAAUCCCAAGAUAUUGGCUUUUGCAAGUCUGUCAGAAAGGAUGGGAAAACAUGCGAGUCUUGGGUGGAUGCUCGAAAGACCGAAUUUUGUGAUUUCCAUGUGGAUCUUCAAGUGCGCCGCACUCAGGGUGCGCGUUCUGGUGUCAACAGCGGUACGGGUAUGUUCGGUGCAGGCGGCAAAUUGGGCUCCCGUACUGGCGUUUGGCAAGAGUCGAAAGGCCGUGGUCGAGGUUCGCGCUUUGAAGGCUCAGAUGGAUCCAGGUCAGAUGGCAAAUUGAAGGCAGAGGGUGCCCAGUAUCACAUGGGCACCCAAUCUGUCUACUACGUCGCUCCUGGACCCAGGAAUGGGGGAGCCGAUCGCGUCUCAUUCAAUCCCGCUGCAGGACACUCGGCCGCAAGGCUGUUGGAUGCCAACGACGAUCCUUUCAUUGCGGCUGGCAUGAUGGGCCGUGGCAUGGAGAACAAGGAAGAACGAAUGAGAAGACGCCUGGCAGCUCAGCAGCGUGAGCGUGAUAUCACUCGAAAACUUGUUGCUGGCCGCUCGGGUGGUGUCGGUGCAGAUUAUCUCCGGACGCGCACUGCCAAUGAAAACCCAGCCGAUGGUGAAAGCAAGGAGAAAAUACCGGGGACUCCAUCAACCCCGAAGGCAUUACCCUCGAGUCAGAGUUUGAACUUUGUCACCUAUGGCAAGGCUAACAAUGUUCGCCUCAGCCCUAUGAAACGAGCUCAUGAUGGUGACAAACCUCAUGGCAGUGGUGUCAAGAAGACCCGGUUUAUCACCUCUAAAGGAAUCAGAGAAGCCGGUCGAGAUAGCUUGGGUGGGGAUGCUACACCCGGGCGACGAAUACUGUCGGACGAUGAUGAAGAAGAUGACUUGGAAUUGAUUUAA